UUUCUCUCUGUUUCUUUCUCUUCGAUUUGGUUGUUAAUUUUGUUGAUUUGAUAUAUAGUUUUUGAAUCUGUGUUUGUUGAUUGGUGUUCUGAAAAGGGUUUUUUUUUUUUUGGAUCUUAGGGUUUUUUAGGUUGAUUGAGUAUCUGGGUAUUACUGGAAAUUUGAAAUUGUUGGAGGGUUUUUGAGAAAAUGGAACCGUCUUCGUCUUCGCCGGAGUUUGAUUACUUGUUUAAGCUGUUGUUGAUUGGAGAUUCAGGAGUAGGGAAGAGUAGUUUGUUGCUCAGUUUCACUUCUGAUGCCUUUGAGGAUCUUUCUCCAACUAUUGGUGUGGACUUCAAGGUAAAACAUGUCACCCUCGGGGGGAAGAAGUUGAAGCUUGCUAUAUGGGAUACAGCUGGACAGGAAAGAUUUAGGACUUUAACGAGUUCAUACUACCGAGGAGCUCAAGGAAUAAUCAUGGUUUAUGAUGUAACAAGGCGAGACACAUUCACUAAUCUCUCUGAUAUAUGGGCCAAAGAAAUCGACCUGUAUUCAACAAAUCAGGAGUGCAUCAAGAUGCUUGUUGGCAACAAAGUUGAUAAGGAGAGUGAAAGGGUUGUCAGCAAAAAAGAGGGAAUUGAAUUUGCCAGGGAAUAUGGAUGUCUUUUCAUCGAAUGCAGUGCAAAAACAAGGGUUAAUGUGGAACAGUGCUUUGAGGAGCUUGUGCUGAAGAUUCUGGACACUCCAAGUCUCUUGGCUGAAGGUUCAGCUGGUGUCAGGAAAAAUAUAUUUAGACAGAAACCUCCGGAAUCUGAUGCAUCAACAAGUGGCUGUUGUUGAGAUGGAUGUCUCCUUGUUUUCUUCAUGCUUUCCCUUUCUUUUGUAAAACAAAAUGAUGUAAUUACUUGGAGAUGACAAACUCUGUUUCUAUCCUUCACGUUUGUAGUUCGUUUGACUGAAUGUUCUUCUGUUGUCCUCUUGCUCUUAAUUUGAUAUUUGAAGA